AUGACUACAAUAACAAAGAACAGAACAAACAAGAUUAUCGCACUCAUCAUGGGAAUUGUAAUAGCAAUAGCAUUCAUUGCAAUAUACUUGGUAUUAACGAAAUUCGGAAACGACUCCUCUGAUAAAGAUACUAGUAUGAUACCCAAAUCUACUACUAAUCUCGAACCCGAAAAGCUUACAGAAUUAAAAGUGCAAAAGAGAAAGGCACAUCAUAACGCCCAACUUUCCAAAGAAGAACAAAGGGACUCUAGCAAGAAAUCAGAUGUUCAGCCCAACCUAGUUAAUCCAACUAAAAUCAAGCCCAAACCCGAAGUUAAACCCAAAGAAGUUAAACCGGAAGUUAAACCAAGAGUAGUAGAUGCUACUCUCAACCCCAAUACAAACACCACACCUAUACCCGAACAAGGUGCUCAAGAUAGACCAGUUGCUCAAGUUAAACCAGAAGUAGCAGAUAAAAAAUUCCCUUUUAUGUUAAUGAGGGCAUUUAAUUACAUAUAUACUCCAAUAAAAAAUGGAGUAGAUAGUAUACAGAAAUAUCUAUAUAACUGGUAUGCUAGACUUAGAUAUGGAGCAAAUCCUAUAGUUCCAAUUCCUGAAGUUAGAGAGGAAACCCCCGAAGUUACAACUCCUACAGUUACUGGAACUCUUGCCUAG